AUGGCUUUUCCUUUAGAACAAUCUCAAUUAUUAUAUCAUUUAAGAACUUCUUAUUUAAUAUUAGGAGAAGAUUCAGAAUAUUUUAAAAGAAUAAUUUUAAAUAAUGAUUUAAAUCUUAUUAAUAAUCAAAGUAAUAAAAUUAAUGAUGGUAAAGGAAAUACUGGAAAUAUUACCAAUUUAAUAAUACAAAAUUCACCACCAAUAACUUUUGAUUUAUCCCAUCAUAUUAAAAAUUCAAUAAAUGAUAAUCAUAAUAAUCAUAAUCACCACAGCCAUCACCAUCGCCAUCGUAAAAAUCUCAUAAAUAAUAGAUCAAGAGGUCAUCAUCAUCAUAAUCAUCAUCACCCUCCCAACAGUAAUACUGAUGAUAAUGAUAUAAGAAAAAAAAGUGUUACAACUAUUGAUGGAACUCAAUUGAAAACUAAUGAAUCUAAUAACUUAAACAAUAAUGACAAUAUUAAUGACAAUAAUAAAAAUAAUGAUAAUAUUACAUCCAAAUCUACUACAAAUUUUUCAAGUAUAUUUGAUUUAGACUCAAAUACGAAUUAUAAUACUACAGGAUCAUUAUCAAGUAAUAGUACAACAAAUCAAAUUAAUCCUUCAUCGACUUUAGAAUCUUUAAAUAAAAAUAAUUCAAACAAAAAGAAAACCACUUUUAUACUAAGGAAUCCACUAAAUAAUAAAAAUCAAAAGAAAUCUAAACCCAAAACUAUGUCAAAAAUACCAAUUGUAAGACUAUUUAAAUCAGGAAAACAAUAUAAUAGUUCAGAUUCGGAUAUAAGUAAUGAUGAUAAUUUUAAUUCAAGAUAUAAUGUAAACACAAUUGAUGAAUCAAGAGAAGAAUCUACUGAUGAUUAUAGUACUGAAAAUGAUCCAACUAAUAAUGAAAUUCAUGAUAAUUCUGAUGUUUUAACUAUUGAUAGUGAUUUUGGAGUGCCAAUUGAUAAAAAUGGUAAAGUUGUAAAAAUACAGAAGAAUCAAGAAUUGAAUAAAGAAGUGGAAAUUAAAGACAAACAAAGCAUUAAUGAACACCAUAUACAUGAUAAUAAUAAUGAAGAAACAGAUACAGAAGAAGAUGACGAAUUCGAUGAAGAUGAUGAUGAUUUUGAUGAAGAAUAUUCAAAUGAUUCAGAGUUCACAGAUUUAGAUAAUGAUACAAUAUUAGAUUCUUCAUUACAAUCAAAUUCUUAUACAAGUGAAUUGGGGAAAGUUAUUGAUAAAGAUGUAAAUGUUUUACUGGAUUAUGAAUCAAGGGACAUGAGAAAAAAGAAAAGAAGUGAUACUAUAAGUAAUCAUACAAUUCCUGAAAAUUUUGAUCCACAUUUUUUGGAUAAUCAAGAUUUUGUGAAAUAUAGAUUAAUGAAUCAUGAAUCCUUUGGUAAUUUAACAAUGCUGGAACAGCCAUCUUUAAUAUUUAAUAAAGUAGAACCAAAAUUACAAUCACCACCAAAAUCAAAUUUAAGUACAAUAAUUCAUUCAAAAUAUAAGUCAACUAAUGUUAACCCUUUAAAUUAUUAUCUAUUUGUUGAUGGUCUAACUAGUGAUAAUUCGUCACGUGUUUCAUUAUUAAAUAUUUUUUUACCACCUAAAACAACACCAACUUUGGAGAACAUAAGUGUAACUAAUACUGUUACAGUUGUUGAUUGCAUUGGGUUUAUUUUGCUAAACCUAAUGAAACUACCAGAAUUUAGCAAAUCAAAUGAUUAUUCUUAUUUGAAUCCAAAUUAUUGGAGAUUAGAAUUAGUUGAUGAAGAUGGUGAAAACUAUGGAAGUUUUGGUAUACUAGAUCGAAAUAGAAUUUUAGCAUCUUAUAAUAAUCCAAAGGAAUUAGCGUUAUGUCGAGUUAAUGAUGUUAAAGAAAUUGAUUCCUAUGAGAAGAAAUCACCAUUACCAAUUGAAUUUAAACAAAAUCUUAGUGCUUAUGAGAGAAAGAAAAACAGUAUUAAUCAUAUUCAAGCAUUGGAAGGUAUACCACAAAUUGAAUUAUUAAUAGGAGUUUAUGAAUAUGAUAAUAGUGGUAUACCAGAUAAAGUAAAUUUUAAAGUACCUGCAACUUAUACAAUGGGACAAGUAUUAAAAGAAUUUUGUAUGCAAAAGGGUUUAAUAACUACAAAAUAUAGAUUUAAAGUAGUUGAUGAAAAAACUGACAAAAGUAGAUUCGUGAAAGAUGUUGAAAUUUGUGAAAAUUUACAUCUGAAAAUUUUGGAAUUAGUUCCAUCAGAAGCUAAAUUUAAUUUAGUUCUUGAAUCUGAAGAAGAUAAACAAAUGAUUGGGGCAACAACAAGCGCAACAAAUAUAACUCCUGCGGAUUUCACAUUACCAUAUAUCACUCCAAAUCAAGGUCAUUUGUCAAACAAAUUACAAAAAUUGACAGUAUCAGAUAAUCAAAUGCCAUUAAUCACCCCUGAACAACUUAGAAGAGAAUCUGUCAACUCAACAAAAUCUAUAAAGGAAGCAAUUACAUCAAAUAAAUAUUUAGAAGAUAUUAUACUGGGGAAUAAUCCACAAUUACCAACAAAUAUAAACUCAAUUUAUUUUAAAUGGAAUAUCCUAAAGAGUAAUAGUAAAAUGAAGAAAAUGAAAAUUAAAACAUUUACUGAAAAAAUGUUUAUUAUAGAUGGUGAUUAUAUUCAUAUAACACCUUUGGAUGAUGUAUUACUGAAAAACAUUGGGAAUGAUUCAUCAAUAGCAGCUCAUCAAUCUCAUUUUCAACAUCAUAAUUUAAAUCAUCACAUUAACAAGACUGCAAACACCAAGACUUAUUCAUUUCAUAUAACUCAAAUUUUAAAACUGAAACAAUAUUCCAAAACUCCAAAUCAUUUUAGAAUUAUAGUUCAAAAACAACAAUCUGAUCAAAUUAAUAAUGAUGUAAAUAAUAAUAAUGAACAAUUAAAGUUAAAAGAUUUACAAUUAAAGAAAUUUUAUUUAGUUGCUGAAUCAGAAGCUGAAUGUUCAGAAAUUAUUAAUAAAUUACAAUGGGUAUUACAAGUUUAUAAACUUUCAAGUGGUGCUAUUUAA